GUAGCUGCUCGUUGCGGAUGCAAUAGUGUAUUUCAUCUCACAACUUUAGUAUCAAAUAGCAAAGUAAUAUUUAUUCCAAAUGUGUGAAUACGUUAUCAACUGUCUUUAUGGAGACUUGAAAUGUUUUCUUUUUUGUUCUUUGUAUUUGACUGUGCUAAAUCGUUACGUUUCGUCAAGUUUACAUUAUAAGCCGUUGGGAUACUUUGGUGGUGAAAAUUUAACGUAUCAAAUGUUUAACAUCUCCAAAUAUGUUUGAAGCUACUAUUGUUGGAUUAAAAAAUAUUAAGAAGCAUUUAUUUGGCCUCGGUGCUAUAGUAGUUAUGGAAUUUUCGCUUGGUGUGACACUAAUGAUUGUCAAGAAAACGAUUGAAAAUGCCAUUGACAGCGUGACUUGCAACACAGUUUGCGAAUCUACUCUUAACGCUCUUGUGCUCGAUUAUGCUUUGCCUUCAGCAGGUCUUAUGAUGACCAUAAUUGUGGUGGAGGCGUUGAUGAUAUACAGUUCCAUUCGACUGUACUUUCACAUUAGAGAUAAGCCGAAAGUUUCACCCGCCACUGGAGGCACUUCCGUCGUCAUACAAAAUGUGCAAAUGCAAAACGUUGCUGGUCCUCAACAGACUUACCAGCCACCCCUUCAACAGAUACAUGAUCCUUAUGUGCAAUUCAUGGCAUACCCAAAGCAGCCAAUGUCAAUAGAGCAGCCGCCAGUAGAACACAUGGUGAAUCCUCCAGAUUAUGCUAGUUUGUCUCAGCAGCAACCACAGCAGCCCCAACAGCAACAAAUUCAACAACAAUCACAACCUCCUCAGUACAAUGAACUUCCAUCAUCAACUCGUACACAGCCAUCCGAAGUUGUACAAAACUCGUAAGAUGGUUCAUGAGAAACGCUUUUGAAGAGUGAUAAAUAAUGAACACUUUUUUAAUACUGAGCAAGGUUUCAGUUACAUCGGUUUCAGUGAACUCAAGCAAGGCUUAAAGCACUCUAAAACUGCCAUUUGUUUUCUUCUGGAGGGUCUGCAGUUCUUCCUCUAUUUUAGACUUUUCUCAGCCUCUUUUUACAUUGUGGAUUUUAAGUCUUACUCCAAGAGGAAGAAUAGCUUUAUAAUGCUGUGCACUGAAAUGUUGAGAUUUGAUAUUGUCUAUCGCUCUUCGAUGAACAAGGAAUCUAGUUCAGAUUUAGAUGCAUAAUCAUGUUAUAGCGUGUGUGCUGGAAACCAUGCUAUUUAUUUUCUUUUAUCAAGUAAUUUUGUA